AUGGCUUCUACCACCAGCAACAGUGGCGGAAGGACCCUGCGUGUCCUGCUCAUCCCCUUCUUCGCAACUAGCCACAUCGAGCCCUUCACCGAGCUUGCCAUUCGCCUCGCCGCAUCUAGGCCAAACGCCGUUGUGAGACCAACCAUCGCAGUCACGCCGGCGAAUGUCUCCAUCGUCCAAUCCGUGCUGGAGCGACGACUACACGGGCAUAAUCCAUCAACUAUCAAGAUAGUUACUUAUCCAUUCCCAAUGGUGGAAGGCCUCCCGAAGGGUGUCGAGAACCUCGGAAAGGCAUCCACGCCGGCUGAUUCAUUACGCAUCAACCUCGCUGCCCUAAGCGAUGCCCUGAUGCGCCCGGCGCAAGAGACACUCAUCCGGGCGCUGUCCCCGGACGCGAUCUUCACCGACAUGCACUUCAUCUGGACCUCCGACAUCGCUAAGGAGCUCGGUGUGCCAUGUAUCGCGUUCAAUGUCAUGGGCGCCUUCCCCAUGCUGGCUGUGCGCCACCUUAUCAUGGACAACGUUGCCGUCGACGGCAACGAUGUCGCAACGGUCCCUCGGUUCCCGGUCCCUCAUAUACGGAUCCCGAGGACCGAGCUGCCGGACAUCUUGAGGAGUCGAAACUAUGACGCCAGCAACAUGGUUCAUUCGAUGCAAGCUGACUGCUUUGGCAUCGCCAUCAACACAUUUUCAGGCCUCGAGCAGCAGUACUGCGAGAUGUACGUGCGCGAAGGGUACGUGAAGCGCGCAUACUUUCUAGGGCCUCUCUCGCUGCAACUGCAACCAUCACAGGCCGCCAAAGGUGUUGCCGACUCACGGUUCAUCGAUUGGCUUGACACAAAGCCUAACCAUUCGGUGGUCUACUUGUCCUUCGGCACAUGUGCCCACAUAUCGGAUGCGCAGCUGGACGAGCUUGCUCUUGGGCUGGAGGCUACAAGAAGGUCGUUCAUGUGGGUGGUCAGGGCGGCCGAGAAGUGGGCUCCACCGAAAGGGUGGGAGAAGCGUGUUGAAGACCGGGGGCUUAUCAUCAGAGUGUGGGCUCCACAAAAGGCUAUACUAGCGCACUCGGCAGUGGGUGCAUUCGUGACACAGUGUGGGUGGAACUCUGUCCUGGAGGCAGUGGCUGCGGGCGUGCCGAUGCUCACGUGGCCAAAGGUGUACGAGCAGUUCAUCACCGAGAGGCUAAUCACGGAAGUACUAGGGAUCGGUGAGCGGCUCUGGCCUCUUGGAGCCGGCUUACGAAGUGAGAAUUACCGAAAACAUGAGGUAAUCCCGGUCGAUGAUGUGGCGCGGGCAUUGAACACAUUCAUGAGUCCGGGAGGACCAGGGGACAUGGCGAGGAACAAGGUAAUGGACCUUGCAUCUAAGUCUCAUGCAGCCAUGGCAGAAGGAGGCUCCUCGCACCGUGAUUUGCACCGUCUGGUUGACGAUCUCAUGGCAGCAAGAGGAGCCAAGGGAUCUCGCCUCUAA